GCAUGGGGAUAGGGUGGCAGAGUUGGUGAGUAAGCAUCGGUCUUUUCCUUCUGUACAGCGGGAUUUGAUACACAGGUGGUAGCCAAGGCCUGCAUGGCGUCCAGUAAGUGCAGAGCCAGCCCUGUUGCUGUGAGGUUUGGGGAGCAAAUGGCAAUAAGGAAGAGCAUCACCUGUUGUGAGGGGGAUGCCUGCAAUACAGCCUCCGUUAAAAUGCCCCCAGCAAACACAACCCCAAAUGGUCGGCGUUGCCCUACCUGCUAUUCUCUGUUUAACUUUCCAUGCGGCAAAGAGACCUUAGCUUGCACUGGAUCUGAGACCCAUUGCAUCGCACUAGCUGGAGGCAUAACAAUGGGGGCAGGUUCACCUCCUGUACAGACCACCAUGAAGGGUUGCGCCACUGAAUCCGCCUGCAACCUUGUAAAAGGAGAUUCAGGGCCCUUCGGAGACAACAUGAAGAUAACCACAGCCACAUGCAGCCCAGCCACUGGCAAAUCUGAACCGACUAAGGGACCAGCCCCGGGUGCAAGUGGCACAGCUAAGCAGCCAGCCCCUAGUGUAACCAGCCCAACUAAGGGACCUGCCCCCAGUGCAAGUGGCACAGCUAAGGAACCAGCCCCUUUUGCGGCUGGCACUGCUCCAGGACCAUCUGGGCUUCUCCUCCUCCCAGUCCUCACAGGGUUAUUCCUGGUGAAGCUCCUCUCCUGAUCCCCACACUGUGCACCGGCGACACUGCACCGAGUAACACCUGUUCA